UUGUUAAAAAAAAAUAAAAUAAAAAAACAGUAAACACACUCAGUACCUGGACUAAACUCUCUUUUCUUGACUUGUGUAGAGGAAGUGAAGAGAUAUGAUUCAUCAUCGUCACAACGACACCCUGCUCAACCGCCCCUGUGCUGUUUUUACUCCACACAGAUUAACCAGGCGGAGCUUGACAAAGUUUUGACAGGCCGUUUCCCUGUUGCUGUACGUAUGGGAACCUAAGGAAAAAAAUGUUUCCUGUAGCUCUUUAAAUAUAACAUGAAAAGGCAAAGGUAAGUAAGUUGAAGGACAGUGACUAAUUCAGAGGAAAACAGGAGAUCAUUCAGAAAGAAGCAGAUUCGAUGUCCAGGCUUCCAGACGUAGCUGAGCACUCAUCUGAGGUGAGACAAUACAUGUGGUGUAGGAACAGGAAGCUUUCACACUAAGCUGAUUAGUUUGAUGGAACCAGACUCUCUCGUAACAUCUGAGCUUUCAUUGCAAUGGUUAGUUGACUUUUUGUUCUUUAGAAUCAGAAUGGUGAACUCACGGGCAAUAAAGGUGGUCUGUUGGAGAGCAGCAAAAUUAAGGUUAAUGUAUGUAAAGCUAUUGUAUGUUUUGUCUUAAUGUACUUGAGAGUUCAUAUUAUGGUUUUAUUUAUGAGAAUACUGUUGUGAAUCUGCAUUGAUUGUGCUUUACAAUAAAUAAAAUGGAAUGGAAUGGAAUAUAGGCAGACUGCAUGGAAGAAUCUGAUUUAGUAAUAUGUAAAAGCUAUAGCAGUGGCAUGUUUCUGAGAAGAAUAAUUGAAUCUUUUCCCAGAGCAAGCUUACUGAGAGUGAGCUGUCCACUCUUAAUGAUCAUCCAUCAGGCAAUGAUAACCCAAAGGGGAAAGCUGCCAUUUUCAGCCAUUUGUUUAAAAGAACUAAAACAUGGACGAGACUCCCUGCACAAGAGGGGGAGGCAAGAGACUUCCUUACUGAAACUGACCACAAAUCAGGCAAACCCUCAGGAGAGGAAUCUCAUGGUCAAAUGAGAUGCCUGUAGAGUGGCACAUACAUUUUAAGCUCAUGAUUAUGAUCUUAUAUUAAAGAUAAUGCAAACGUAUAAGAGAUUGGGCUCAGGAUGGCUUCACUGCCACCACUGACAGUCUGUCUAGCCAACACAGCAUUAAGGAAGAGCUAUCAUUACAACAUGGAGAACUCUCAGCUGGCGAUCAAAGCAAAACACAAAACAACAACACCAUGGAAGAACAAGCACUGAAAAGUGAUUUUUUAGGCAGUGACAAUCUUGAGGGAAAUUCCCUGUUUAAUUUUCUCAAAACAUUUCCUAGAGGACCUGAGGAUACUUCUGAACAGAACAGCCCACCGUUACACAUUAAACUGCUGGCCUGUAAUGACAAUCUAUUAUAUCUCUCCAACAACAACUUAAAGGAUAAUUCAGGAAAGCGAAGUGGCACUUUCCGCAGUUCCCCAAAACCAGCGUUACGUUUUCCUGCUGAAACGGACCCACUAAGCGAGCACAUUGAAUUUACAGACUGGGAUUAUAACGUCUUGGACACUGGCAUUGAAAAGAAAUCUGUCCCCAGGAAAUACCAUGACAAGAAACUCUCUAACAGUAAUAACAAAGUUGUGUCAUUUAGAGUCAAGAGAACUCUACCUAGAAGGCCCACAUUUUCAUGCAGUACGCAGGAUUCAGAUCAAGAGGACAUGAUUGAGGAGCCAUUGGAAAUGCAGCAACUGGGGGAAAAUGAGGACUGUACUUUUGAAAUCCUGCCACUGGAGAUGGCCGCCUACCCAACAGAUUUAAAUUCUUUAGAGACAGAUGAGGAUGAUGACUUGAUGGACUGGUGGAAAACUGUUGAGGGUUGGAGUGAAUGGAAUGUAACGGCAAAUUUUCAGGAGGACAAUGAGGAGCGGACUGUGGAGGCUGCUGCAGACCGUGUGUUCAUGGCUGCCCGUCUCUUUGUCAAUCUGUUCAACCAGCGUGGGGCAACUCUGCAACAUCAUAUUUUAGAGUUGCUUGCUCUGGCAGACUCUGCUGACAACUUUCAUAAGAAGACUGUGAGUGCAGCUGUUGGAGGGGGCGUAGCUAGUGUGGCAGGGGGCAUAGCCACCAUUACCGGCCUCAUCUUGGCACCCUUCACCUUUGGCACUUCCACUAUCGUCACUGCGGUUGGUAUAAGUGUAGCAACAGCUGGAAGUAUCACCUCAGCCACGGCUAACAUCACCGAUGCGGUUCAAUCCAAGAUGGAUCGCAAGAAGGUGGAGAAGAUGAUCCAAGGCUACCAGAAUGAGAUCAGUGACAUCAGAGAUUGUCUGGAGUUCAUGCAGGAAGGAAUGAACACCCUACAGAAAUGGGAUUUUAAGGGGUACUCUGAGAGUGUGGUCAACACAAGUCUUAGCCGUAACAUAAAGCAUGUGUUGAAGGAAGGUGGACGAGCAGGAAGAGCCCUUAUGAUAAAUACAGAUAGGCUUAUCAGCACUGUGAAAGUUUUAGGUGUUGCUGGAGGUGCUGCCAAAGCAGCCAAGGCCGUCAGUAUCACCACAGGGGUCAUGUCCACUCUCUUCCUUGCCCUGGAUGUCUUCUUUCUUGCCAAAGACUCCAAUGAACUUCGCAAAGGUGCUAAGACCAAAUUUGCCUCCAAGCUCAGAGAAGUGUGCAAAGAGCUUCAACAUGGCCUACUAGAACUAAACAAAGUGAAGACUCAGCUUCAAAAGACCAUGGAUGGAAUUGAAGUGGAAGAAUAUGAGGAAGAGGAGGAGGAUGAAGACCAUUGUGAGUCAGAUCCUGUUAAACUGGCUCUACUUGAGCAAGAAAUCGAUCAGUUGGAGAAGAAACUUGACCAGAAAACUAUGCUACAGCAAAUGAACCGAGAUGCUGAGAAAGAGAUCCCGAAAAAAGAAAUAAAAUGAGGAGACAAAGAGAUGAGUGAACGAUAAGGGGUCUUAUCCGUGAGCCAACAUAUGGGAAACAACAAAAGCACUAAACUGAACAGUUUGAAAGGAAAAAUGGUAAGUGGGAAGACACAAAAAUGAAGAGGAAUAAAGCAGUUGAUUUGAAAGGUCCUGGAAAGAUAUAGAAAAUAGAAAACUUUACAGAUGUUAAGGGGCUGAAACCCAAUUAUAAGAGGAAUUGAAUAUUUCUGGAUUAAUGAGACAGAAAAAAAAGAAGCCUAAUAACACUCAUGUUAUUCAGAAAAAUCAAAGAUGAUAUAGUAAGAAAAAAAGAGAAAAACAAGUAGAUUUGCGUUUUUUUUUUUUUAAAUACCAGUGGAUGCAAAGUAGUAAGAAAAUAGGUUAAAGUUUUAAUUCUAUAUAAGUCAAGUGAAAGUCGUGACAUUUGCCAAGUAUGGUGCAAAAUGCUGCAUCAGAAACAUUAUUCCACUCAUCAUGCAUCUUUUAUUUCCUGUGUGCUUCACACAGGAAUCAACAUAUAUUCUAUGGUAAUCACCAUUAAGUAUGCAGAUGAAAAAUCGAAAUAAAUGUUUAGGGUUGUGGGUUUAAAACAAACCAUUAAACUUUGAUAUUUAGGUUAUCAAUAAAGUUCAUUCUUGUGAGCACUGUAAAUAAAUAAAUUCAUGAGAAUGUGUGUGAAAAAAACAAACCACUGUAAAAAUGUGAAGGGCUUAUAGAGGAUAAGGGUUGAGUCAGAAACUUUAGCCUCAAUCUAUUUCCCAUGACCUGUAGUCUAUAAUUAAGAUUUUCACAACUAACAACACACACACAAAUAUUUUUUUUUCAGUUCCUUCAGCAUUAUAUCCAAGAAGCAUUCUUUUGUGGCUUUACAUUAAUCAAAUUGUUCUUUUGGACAACUUGGAUCCAACUUAAACCAGUACUGACAGAGUGAACUACUAACAUUUCUAGGUAAAUCUAGAUAUAUUUUCUUUAUGAGUGCGAGAACUUUAAAUGAGCAGUUGUUGGAGCUGACCUAGUGGGUAGUUCAUGUGUUCCAACACAUGAAUCUUUGGGGUAUGUGCAGGUGACACUAGUUGAUAGAAGUGGAUUUUUCUAUUUUGUCUUCUCUGUUUUUAUGCUGGGCUUUAUGCAGCAAAGAUGUAAUGUUUUUUUGUUAUUUUUCUGUAUUAUUUAUUUUUUGUACAUUUACUGUAUAUACAUUUUUGUAUGUAUAUUGUUGUUAUAUAUAUAUUCUGCAUUUUCUGUAUUUUCUGUUAGUCUAAUAAUAAGUAGUUUGUUUAUGAUUUAACAUUUAUUUUUAAAAAUGCUUCCUAAAAUGUGUUAUUUUUCUCUGGAUUUAUGCAAUGCAUAAAAGUAUUUUUUUUUAAUGAAUGCAAAAUGCGUUUUUGGUAUUUAUUUUGUAAUAAAUAGCCUAACCCUUCUCUUAUAAAACAUCAGUUUGUUCAAUCCAAAAUGAAUGUUUAUUGGCAAACAUGUUAAAGAUAGGUCGACAGGCUGUCGAGCCAUUGUUAUCAGAUGUUUCCUCAAGUUUAUUCAGCGUACCCACAAAAUCAAGAUAAGCAUCUAUCUAUCGACAAUAAAAUCUCCUACUUU